UUGCAGGCCCAACAGCCCAGACCACAGAGCACAGAGCAGUCGCACCACCGAUCCACAGAUCCACUGAUCCACCGAUCCAACAAUCCAACAAUCCAACGAUCCACGCAAUUGUUGCAGCCGAUAUCUUAGCUUCUUUUUUUUUGGGCUGUUUACCUUUUUGGCAGCCAAAAACGCCGCACCCACACACACACACUCUCCCAGUCCCGCUCACACACACACGCGUCAGAGAGAGAGACAGCAUGAGGCAGCCGAGCAGACAGCAAAUCGUGGCGCUCGUCCUCUGCAGCGUCGUCUGCCUGAUUAGCGCCGUCCCGCUCCCACAGCCCGCCGGCAACCAGGAACUCGAUGUCCUGCAAAUUCCGCUGGCGAAUGGCAAGGAAAUCGAUGUCUUGACAUUGGGCGCCAAAGACCAAGAAACAUUGAUAGCCGAUCGCAACAAACGAACAAUUGGACUGCUGCGUGAACUGUUCCCCGAUAUUACAAAGGAAAUCGACUCGAUAGUCAAUCGCAUUAUAGCCCAGGUGAUUCGGGUGGCCGGUCCCGGUCUUCUGAAUAGCAUAUUGGCCGGAAAUCGCGGUGGUGCGGGUGGUGCUGUCGGCGGCAGUUCGACGCCGGCCUCCGAUUUCGAUGCCGAUUUCGAUGCGGACUUCGAUGACGAUGACGAUGAUGUGGCGCCGUCGAGUAGUUCGAGCAGUCCUGCGACGCGGAAUGCUGCUGGACCACCAGCACCACCGAAUAGUAGUGCCAACGAGGUGGAAGAAUCUCGGCGGGUGAAGAUCGAUUUGCCCACGUUUGCACCACCAACUGGAGGAUUGGGAGGAGCAUCGGCUUCCGCAGAAUCGAAAGGUGAUGAGCGUACAACCAAUCAAGCAUCUUCAUUCCCAACAACAACAACCACCACCACCACCACCACCACCACCAAUCCCAGUAAUCCCGCAACAACAACCACCACAACUAGCACGCCAGUUGAGGAUUUGGUCCAGUUAUUGCCGCGCUCUUUGGAGCCAGCAACAACCGAUGAUCCAACUCCAACUCCAUCUCCAGCAACAACAACGACAGCAAGAACAACAACCACGACAAGAACAACUUUGCCUGCAACAACCACUACUAGCACCACUUCUAGCACCACUGAUUUAACCCCACCAAUAGAAUCCACCACCAUAAAUAUCCUGUUUCCCAACAACAAUAGCAUCGAUGAACCACAAUUGCAAACCAUAAUUGAAGAUAUAAAUCGUUUAUUAAAUUCUACCAAUUAUUUUAUUACAACCAGAGAUAAUCUAACAACAACAACAACAAAGGCCACCACAAUUGACAACAACAACAUUACGAAAUUAUUGCCCGUCUUUGAUUGAGCACUGAAAGUACAGAAAAAUAUAUACAUAUAUAUAUAUAUAAAAAAGGCAAAAAUGGAUUUGAAAGCAACAACAACAAAAACAACAAGAACAACAGCCACCAUCAUCACAACAACAGCAACAAGUACAAGUACAACAACCAUCAAAACAACAACCACAUAAGGAUGAAGAAGAACAACAAGAGAGCAUCAAAGCAACAUCAUUUAGAAAAAACAUUUUCAAUUUUUUCAAUAUGGAGACAUCAUCAUUUAGAAACAGCAUUUUCGAAUUCGAUUUAGAGACUUUCGCUCAUCACCGUCAAAAUCGAAUGGGGUUUUAAAGUGGUUUGGAAAAUGUUUUUAGAAAAUUAUCAAUAAUUGUGAUGAGUCAAAGUAAAAUUUUUUUGAGAACCUUUUUCUAACAACUUUAAACCGUUUUGAAACCACUAAACCCAAUCACCGUAGAAUUCACCCUCGCUCCGCACAUGUACUUAAAAAAAAAACCCAAUUGGAUAUUAUAUUGUUGAUUUAUACCCUGUAAGCCCCCAAGUUCCUCCAUUCCCCUUGACCAAACCCCAAAAA